UCCCCUCCCACCCCCGCCUCAAUCUUCCUCGCUCUCCUUACCGCUCAGUGUUCCUCCUUUUCCUUUCGUCAGCAUCUCUCCUCGAAGAGAUGGCAUGCGUUGGUGCUGCCAGGGCGUUCGGGACUUAGCGUGCACUGAUAGGACCCCUUAUUCCUGGAUUUUGCCGAAUAUUCCUACGGCUCCCUCGCUUUUGCUUAGUCUCCCCUUGCUGUCCUCUACAGCUGCUGUCCCCCCCCCCCCCCACCUCUCUCAUCCCUGUACAUGGGAGUUGGGCCUCUCGGGGAGGAGGGUGUCAACAUCCGUGCUUAGCUCUGGAACCAUGCACAAUAAGCCAUGCCCUGCCCAUGCAUCCUUUAACCAGCCGGAAUCAUUUCCAUUUGUGUCCAUCCACACACCAGCGGCAGUAUAGGAUGAAAAUCUGGAAUCAUGAUGCAAGGACUGAAAAAACGAACCAGGAAAGCCUUGGGUUUACGAAAAAAAGACAAGGAUACAGAGGCGACGAGCUCACCUGACAAAGAAGGAACCGGAAGUGGAAAGAAAGGAAACAAAAAGACAAAUGGAGCACCCAACGGUUUCUAUGGCGAAUUUGACUGGGACAGAUACGCAUCGCCUGAUGUGGAUGAAGAGGGCUUCAGCCAACGUCCUGGUGAUGAAGGCGAUGCAGCUUCCACGGGAAAGCAGUUUUUCUCCUCCAGCGAUUCAGAGGACGAUGAAGAAAGCAAGAAAAAAUUCCAAAUCAAGAUCAAACCACUGGCCGCUGAGAGUGCCAAGUGCAUCCCUCCGUCACUGGAUGAGCUAAAAGCCUCAGUGGGAGGUUUGGCGCUCUCUCCGUCUCUGAAGAGAAGUCCGAGACGCAGCCCGGGACGGAUAAAGAGGCACCUGUCAUGUGAAGAGAUUGCUCGGCCGAGACGCUCUACCCACACGCCGAGUCCUGCCCCUGACACCCCAAGUGGCAGACUACCACAGAACAUCCCUGCCUUCUUUGGACUGCCCUCAGAGAGCCAGUAUGGCAGAUAUGAUGUGGUUCCUGCUGAUGUCUGGGGAGGAUCAAGGCCAAGAUCCGAGUCACCUUUGAGCAGAAGUUUCCCUACAGGAGCUCCACCCCCACUCCCUCCCAAACACAUGAUAUCGCAGCGUCAAGGCUAUCCUUCACAAUCUGCUGUUGAUUUACCCAAUGGCAGAGCAAGUCGCAGUUCUGCCCCCAUCUACCUGAGCGUCCUGUCCCCCUCUUCCUACCGAGGCUCCGCAGCCCCUGACCUCGAUGACGUGUUUGGCCCCGUGGGUAGCCCGCGCACGGCUGCGGACACGGCAUCCACCAGAUGGGUUACUUUCACAAACGACAGACCUCCACCCCCGGAUGAGCCCGCGCCGCCCCCUCCGCCGGAUUCUCCUGCCCCUGACACGCCCUCGUCCACACCCUCCAGCCCGUGCCUCUCGCCUGGACCACCUCCCGAUGAGCCCCCGCCUUCACCUCCGGUGUUCUCUCCUGAGUCGUCGCCUCCUUUUACGCCACUGGACUCAUGCCCUUCCAUCAUGUUGGGACCUCCUCCACCGGAUGAACCAGCCCCUCCCCUGCCUCCUUACUUCUCUCCCACAAGUUCACCAGCAGUCUGCCUUGAUGAGGAGGCGAUUGAUGAGGAGGUGCUGCAGUUUGCACAUUACACACCCUCUCCAGUAUCAAUAAGUCCAGUGCCUCCUCUGCCAGCGGAGAGAAGGUCCCCUCGAGCAGGAGUUGUAUCGCCCCUGGUUUUAGGGAUAGCAGGGGGGAAAAGGACACCAGAGGGAGUGUACCUGAGAGAUGACAUCCCAGACUUCACUGGUUCACCCAGAGAGCUAACACCGAGCUUCCGUGGAACUCCACCUCCUCUUCCCCCGACCACAUACCGAUCUAUUAUGUCUUCCCCUGGGCCUUACUCAGGUAGCUGCCCGUCUUCACCAGCCCGCUCCGCCACGCCGCAGUCUCGAGGCAGUCCGGUCCCUCCACCUCCUCCCCCACGGCCGUCCUCGCGGCCAAAGUUGCCCCCCGGAAAGCCAAUCCCAGACCUGACUCCGCCCUUCAGUCCUCCAGUCUCUGCAAGUCCUCCGCCUUUUGCGCCACUGGCCCGGGCCGAGAGCUCUUCCUCCAUCUCCUCCAUAACGUCACAUAGUGCGGCGUCCACGCCCACUUUAGGGAGGGACCUCAAUCUAUCCAACGCAGGUACACUCUGGCUGCGUGUGUAUCCAUCUUGCUCAUCAUUGUGUCGUUGGAUCACAUCGCCAUGUCUCUCUCCUUUGGUCUUUCCUCCUGUGUCCACUCGCUUAGAGACCAGACAGCCUCUGAUCUGGUUUGACCACGGCAGAUUUUAUUUAGCUUUAGAGGGAUGUUCAAGAGGGCCCAGCCCACUUACCAUGGGACCCCAGGACACUCUGCCAGUGGCAGCUGCCUUCACAGAAACUGUUAAUGCCUAUUUCAAAGGCGCGGACCCCAGCAAGUGUGUAGUGAAGAUCACCGGGGAACUGGUGCUCUCCUUCCCGGCAGGCAUCACCAGGCAUUUUGCCAGCCACCCGACUCAACCUGUCCUCAUCUUUAGCAUCAGCAACUAUACCCGACUGGAGCAGGUCCUCCCCAAUCCACAGCUGCUGUGCUGUGAUUCCCCAACAGACAGUGUAGACACCAAGGAGUUCUGGGUGAAUAUGCAAAACUUGAUGAGUCAUCUUAAGAAAGUGGCUGAGCAGAAGCCCCAGGCAACAUACUACAAUGUGGAUAUGAUCAAAUAUCAGGUGUCAGCAGAUGGAAUCCAGUCCACUCCUCUCAAUCUAGCUGUGAGUUGGCGUGGCGAUGCCGGCAACACAGACCUAAGGAUAGACUACAAAUACAACACAGAGGCCAUGGCGACCCCAGCUCCCCUUCACAAUCUCCACUUUCUGGUUCCGGUCGAUGGAGGCGUAGCUAAACUCCAGGCUAUGGUCCCACCUGCCACCUGGAAUCCAGAGCAACAGAUGAUACAAUGGAAGAUUCCCAGUCUUUCGAAUAGGUCUGAAAAUGGAGGAGUAGGGGCUCUCCUGGGCCGCUUCCAGAUGACUGAGGGUCUCUGCAAACCCUCGCAGCUGGCAGUUCACUUCACCAGUGAGGGCAGCACGAUGUCCGGUUGUGAUAUUCAGCUGCUCGGGACAGGCUACAGGCUCUCCCUGAUUAAGAAGAGGUUUGCUGCAGGGAAAUAUUUGGCAGAUAAUUAGCGGACCUGUCCAAGCGCACAAACGGUGAAUCUGUGUUUUUUGACUCUGAAGACAAAUAAAGUAAUUUCAUGUAUUUUAAACUUUACGGCACGCAUCAGUGGAAAAAGGCCUGCUGAGUGUAUGCCAAAUAUUUAGUUUGUUACUUGAAACACUUUUGGGCCCUAAAGGAGUCCUGGAAACGUAAUAGUGAAUCCAUACAGCCAAACCUCCCUACUUUUGUAGAUUAUAUAUUAUGACCACAAUCCUAAAGUGGAAAAUGUACAAAUUGUGUAUUAUAGGGAGGGUUACUUUCUGAUGGAAUGAUAUUAAUUUAGAGAUUAUUGAAACACACGUACACACACUAAUUUUUACAUCUCUGCUAAAACUGAAACUUAAUUAACAUUAAAGCUGAUAUAUUUUUAAAAAUAUGAACCGUUUGCCACUCAUUUGAAAGGCCUGUGUGGAUAAGGAGUAGAGACUGGCAAUCGAUCAGCUGCAGUACUUUGGCUUCGACAACAAACUGUAUUUUUACGACCAUACGCCGCACCGUAUUAUUAGGCGCAGUCUCGGUUACUUUUAAGCGCGCCUUAUGGUCCUGAAAAUACGGAAAAUAUCACAACACUGUGGGGCACGUGAAAUGAAAAAAAAGAAAGGAAAAAAAAUCCUUAGCUGCGUGUGAUUGACGAACGACUUUUUUUUGACACUUUGUGUUGGUUGUCCACUUGAGCCUUAAGAUCAACAAGGGUUGUGCCAUAUGUUAGGGAAAGGAGGUUGUCAUUUCAAGAGUAAUACUCUAUCUACUGUAAUGCUGCUUGCUAACUUGGUUUUGAUCUUAUACGGAGGUCUUGGUUAACUGGUGGACAUCAAAAGUGACGAAUGUGUACCAG